AUGUCGGGGCAAUCCACCAAAUAUUCGGGGAAUAAAUCCGUCGUUAGGAAGGACAAAAGCUUUGAGUUUCCGGAGGGCGGACGGCUGAUUUUAUAUCUUCCGUUCAUGAUUCCCAUUCAAGGCCUGUCGAGGGAGGCGGAGUUCUGGAAGUCAGCUCUGUGGACAAGCCCGAAAGCUGAACUCCGGCACCCGAAGCCGUGGGCGAGAUUGGUUGGUUUCCUCCGCGGUCGGCGGCUUAACUAA